AUGGGCUUGCAUGUAGACCAGCUCCUGACGGUGCAGCAUGACGUCAUCGAUGCCGAGCCGGGAUAUCUCAAUGUCGCGGCUGGAGAUCAAGUUCGGAUUCUGUACAUCGGAAGCGACGAAAGACAAGAUGAGCACGGCUGGGUGUUUGGGUCCACGGCACAGUGCAAGGGAUGGCUCAGCGUCCAGAACUUGAAACUUGAUUCAGAGGAUGCGUGCGAAGCUAUCACUGCACAGCGAGGCGCUCUUUCCAAAGGCGCUGGCUAUUUGCGCAUUCGCAAGGGGGAGCCCCUGAUCAUCAAGCACGAAGAGAACGAGUGGCUUUUCGGUUGGUCGAAUGAGCAGCAGCAGCAAGGGUGGUUUCCGCGCUUGGUCUUAACCAAGCCAGCUCCUCCACCAGAGGAGGAGUGGGAAGCGUUGCAAAACAAGCAGAAGCCUCAAUUUGAUCAGCUCGCAGCAAGUGCAGCUGCUAGCACGGAAGCCUUGGCAGGCCCUGAAAGUCUGCCCAGCUGGACAGUUGGGCGAAGAGCACCAAAAGCACCAUGGAAUUAUGCAAUCCUGGACAACAGGAGAAGAUGUUUUUGCGGUUUCCUCCGUGCUGGGAAGGGUGGGAUCGAUGCUGAUACAGCCAAGCGCUGGGCAAACCUUGUCAAAGAGGGCAUUGAGGAUGCUGGUGGUUGGGACCGGCCCCAAGGCAACCUGGGCACGAUGUCGAGAUUUACGAAAUGGUUGGUCCGCAGCGGCUGCAGCUGCCCGUAUCGAUACGGAGGGGCCGUAGUCGAUGCCACACCGUUUCCACCCUUUAUGGAAGAACUCAUGGACGUGGUGAUGCCGCUCUGCGGGUUCCCAAAGGAGGAAGCGGAAGAUUGGCCUAAUAGCUGCAAUGUCAAUCUGUAUGCAGAUGGAACAGAUUAUCUGGACUGGCAUGCAGAUGACGAACCAUUGUUCGGUGGGCGUCAUGGCGAUUGUUGCAUAAUUUCGCUGUCACUGGGACAGGAGAGGCCCUUCCAGUUGCGACUGACCGACUGCGCAGAUAAAGCUCUGCCGCUGUCUGCAGCCCUGCCGAGCACGAUUUCCCGCCGUCUUCCCGAAUUUCUUGAGGUUUGGCGGCUGCGCUCUGUGUGUAAGGCAUGGCACCGCGCUACGAUCCGGGCUUGCCUCUGGAGACAAGACAGAUGGACGACCACAGAGCUCGUGCGAGUAUCAUGCUCUUACUUCGAGGGUGGCGGCGCUGACUUCUUAGCCAGACGACUAGUCUUCGGCCCACGGCAUAGCGACGAUGCGAUGGAGGGCGAGGCUCAGAUGAUCAUGGUCAAAGGCAAUACAGAAAGCCGGGAAGCUCCACACGAAUUUGACCAUUCAGACGGCAGCUAUGUUUGUGAGAUUCUGAACAAUGAGAGGGCAGUCCUCAGGAUACGGGUUCUGCGCAGAGUGCAAGAUGGCUCGUCAAAUCCUGAAGAGCACCAGGCCAAUCAAAUUCAUGAAUUUCCGUUGGGGAGGGGGGCGCUCUGCACAAUGGAAGGACGCACUCAGCAGUUCUACCAACACCGGGUGCCCAAACGAGGAGGUCAGUCAGCGGCAGCACGCAUCAACCUGACGUGGCGUUGGAUAACGAAAAGCAGGACGCACAUGGCACAUGAUCUGAUUCGGCGGGGCAAGGCGCGACUUCUGCGUUUCUAUUACGACGUUGCUAUGGACAGGCAAAAACACAUUGUGCAGACAGUCUUCCGCCUAGUCAGCACGAGAGUGGAUGAGAACUGCUGCUGCUUCGUGGAGGACGAGUCCCUUUUCGGACCCGAUCACAAGAUCAUUUAUAGGCACUUCGCAACCCUUUAUUUCGUCUUUAUAGCGGACAGCGCUGAGAGCGAGCUCGGGGUGCUGGACCUGAUCCAGGUCUUCGUCCAAGUCCUCGAUUCGUGCUUUGAAAAUGUUUGUGAGCUGGACCUGAUCUACCACUUCGACCGGGUGAACUACAUCCUGGAUGAAAUAGUCAUGGCAGGAAUGGUGUUGGAGACGAACGCGGAUCUUAUCCUUACGGCCGUCAAG